CAGAUGCUCUUUGGAGAAAACCGAGUCCAUCCUGAUCCCUACAACCUGAUCUUCUGCAACGCUGGCCCAGAGUCAGGACACUCUGCGUCGACUUUCACGAUAUAUUCCCGUCGUAAAUAGGCCAGAGUUCCCCCUGACCAUCACUGGAGAGAGCUACCUGGACCGAUUUCCUAAGGACAAGCUGGUGUACUUGACCCCACACUGCCGUGAAGAGAUGACCACAUAUGACCACAAUGCUGUGUACAUUGUGGGGGGCAUAGUGGACACAGGGGAGAAUGAGCCAGUGACUCUAGCCAAGGCCAAGAGGGAAGGCAUACGAAUGCAGAAACUGCCACUUGAUAGGUACUUGGAGUGGGGUAUUGGAGGCAAGUGCCUGACGCUCAACCAGAUAGUUAGUAUCUUGCUGGAUAUUAAGCAUACAGGUGACUGGCAUUAUGCUCUGCGACAUGUCCCACGUAGAAAAUUGCGGCCUGCUUUAAGUCAAGAGGAUAUGGAGGCUAUGUUGCGCAGGAGGAUGGAGUUGGAUACAGGAAAAAGAAGCCCUUACCGUACUGAUUACGCACCACGGAUGAGGGAAAAAAAGAAGAUAUUAGAAAGAAGAGAAAGUCACAACAAACAUGGAAUGAAGAAAAGACUUUAAAGCGUGUUGGCAGAAAGUAAUAGCUGGCAGUGGUGCCAUAAGUUUCUCCCCAUUGCUGCCAGAUAAUCACACUAUCCACUGUUGUUUUUCUCAUUGAAUUUUGUUUGUACACAGAUGGCCCCACAAGUGCUCAGACAUCAAGGAGCCAAUUCGUAGGCCUAUAUGACCUCACUGGAUUUCCCCUUUCCUUAAGCUUUUUGAUGCCAUGAAUAUGGAUGUUUUUUGUUGUUGUUGUUGUUGACAUAUUGAUUAUUGUAAUUUUAAUAAUACUAAUAGCAAUGAACUUCCAAAUAUCAAGGAAAAGGGUGAAGAGGUGAGAUAGGUAGGAAUAGCAAUUAACUCCUUAGUACUUAAGCACUUGCAGAGCCAUCUGAAUGUAAAGACAGUAUUUAAACAAAAAGACACUGUGGACAUGCCAUGUAUUCUUGUCAUCCCAGCAUCAUUGGACCUUUGUAAUAUAGUAAUUGUUAAUAAAUUAUAUUGACAUCAGGUGAUAUGAAGAAGAUCUCUCUUUACUUAUGUGUAAGGCAGUUACAGCAGUUAUUCCAAAGGUUUAUAAUAUCACUACCAUGUCUUUGUAGUAUGCAUAAAUAGUUAGUUACUGUGUGUGUACAUAGUGUAUUUCUCUGUAAUAUUUUGUAAAUUAUGUACAAGACCUCUCCUGCUGUGUAAUUUGGUGAUAUACAGUAAAGAUUAGAAAA